AUGGAGGAGACUAUUACAACAUCUGAAACAGUAUCUACACAAAAUGAGAUUGUGAUCGAGGAGUUACAAGGCAUGCUCAAACAGGGCUUGCAUAUAAAGUCAGGUGAGCCAGAAAAUGCACAUGCAGGCCCUAGUGUGAAUUUAGAGGAGGACAUGAACAAGAAGAAGAAGAAAAAUAGGCAAAAGAAAAAGAGUAGAGUGGUUGAAGAUAAAGCUGAACCAUAUGUUUGUAGUAUUUGCAGUGUCAUUUGUGAUAGUCCUGCCAUAUUCGAGUCGCAUCUUAAUGGCCGUAAGCAUGCUGAUAUGAUUGACAAGUACUCAGAGGCGCUGCUUGAUGAUAAGCAAAUACAAGAGGAUAUUAUUAUUCAAGAUAAUGGUCACUCAAUAGAUGGAGAGGCACCUGAGAACAUGGACUACUUUAAUAAACAUUCUCGAGCUUUUGAAGAUGUAAUAGAGAAUGGUUACAAAUCUAUUCCAAAUGAAGAUAAAGCUGAACCUGAAGCAUAUGUGUGUAGUGUUUGCAGUGUGAUCUGCGUUUGUCCAAUUGUAUUCGAGUCUCAUCUGAUGGGUCGAAGACACGCUUCAAGGGUAAAGAAACAUGAAGAGGUUCUGUUUGAUGAUAAGAAGAUUCUAGAAGAAAGCCUUAAAGAAAAAGAUCAUCCAAGAAACAAACAAGAGAGUAUCAAAGAAGUUAGUCAACGCAGUAAAGAAGGAGUAGAAAAUGAGAUUGAACAAGAACCCAAAAAAGCAAGAGAGAGACUUGACUCAGUGGUUAAGAGGUUUGAACUUUCACUAGAGGAUACGUCUGAGCAGACGGUGGUUGAGGCUGGAAGCGCAUCUGAGCUUGCGGAGGAGAGUGGAACUCAGAUUAGGGUUUGCGAUUGGUGCAGUGUGAUGUGCACUUCCCAAAUGGAUUUUGAUUCACAUUUGACAGGUAAGAAGCAUGCUGCCAGUGUGAAGAAGCAAGUUGCCGUGGUGAAGAAGCAAGCUGGGACCAAAUUUGCUUUUGUUAGAAAGAAUGGGCCUUAA